AUGGUGGAACAGACAGACGGCCGAGCGUCGGCGACGAGUCGCCACUUCCGGUCAGAAGAGCAGCGAAGCUCAGGUGCUCGCCACGAGUCGAACCGCGUCGAAAGUUCGCGAUCGGAGCGAGUCGUCGUCGAGGGCGGUCGAAGAAGACGAAACAGUGAGGGCAGCGAGACGGCGCGCAUCGAUUUCGUCGAUGAUGAUCGGACGCACGAAGAAUCAUACGAACGCUCCCGCCAACAUCACCAACGGGCGGGACGGGAAGAUCACUACGGGUUUCGUGGUGAAGACGAGUACGUCACCCACGCAACACGAUACGGAAACCAGCAUCAGAACAGUAGGUCCCGCAGCGAAAACAUGGCCGUCGACUACUCGAAUCAGGACUUUCGACAGUCGUUCGCGGCCAUUGAUGCGGCAGCGCGUGAAGGAGCACUAUCGCGAGAAGGUGUUCGUGUCCGACAACAGGGCGAAACCACCGUCGUCACUGAGCACCGCGAUCCCUACUCCUUCUAUUGGCAGCUCGAUAAGGCUCGUCGAGAAAGCGAAUCUCCCCCACGCCUGCCACCACAUGCCGAUUAUGUCAUAGAUGAGGAAGAGAUUCGGCCUCACGAGACGGUGCCCAGCCCUGAAUUGCAUGAUGCAGAAAUUUUACCUCCCGUCAUGGUGGAAAGCCAAUACAGUCGACCGGUCAGGAUACCUGAGCCAGAACAGGCUCGCCCACUUCCGGCCGGCUGGGAAAAGCAUGAAGACCCGUCCGGCUACUCCUACUAUUGGCACGUCGACAGCGGCACAAUCCAACGAGAACCACCGUCGAAGGGCGUCCAGGUCGACACGCCAAGCCCGCCGCCGCAGAUUAUUCAACUCCCGCCACAACAACCCGUGAUCGAAGAACACGCCUUCAAGCAGACGACCACAAAGAGAAGAGUUGAGAGGGACGAGGAGAGCGAUGGAGAACAAGAAAUUGGACAACAACAGCAGGCGAUUGGCAGGGGAAAGCCGAUCCGUUUUGCCGUUCGCUCGCUCGGAUGGACCGAAAUUCAAGAAGAAGAGCUGACCGCCGAGAGAAGCUCCCGGGCCGUGAAUCGAGCAAUUGUCGAUCUAUCGAGUGGCCGAAAGGAUGUCCUCGAUAAUGUCAGCAAAUGGGGAGACGGCAAGGAGUUGAUCAUGGAAUUGGACGAUCAAGAAUUGUCGCUAAUCGACCCGGAUUCGAUGCAGGUCAUCCAUUCCGAGAGAAUUCAACAAAUCCGCGUCUGGGGAGUCGGAAGGGAUAACGGGAGGGAUUUCGCCUACGUUGCGCGCGACCGUGGCUCGAGGCGUUUCCUGUGCCACGUUUUCCGAUGCGAUACUCCCGCCAAAACUAUUGCCAACACGCUACGCGACAUCUGCAAAAGGUUGAUGCUCAACAGGAGGCCGAGCUCGCUGCACGCUAUUGAAGCACCGGAAAGGAGGGUUGUAAGAAGCGAAUUGACUACACCAAUCGAAGAGCCCCGAAAAAUCAUUCGAUGCCAUUUCCUGGGCGUUACGCAAGUGCCCCGGGCCACUGGAAUCGAUAUCCUGAACGAGGCAGUCGACCGGCUAGUUUCUCAGGUUCGCCCCGAGCGCUGGAUUCUAGCCGAUGUGGCCAUCGCCCCGUCGAGCAUUUCGAUCAACGAGGUGAACGGGAAUCAAAUUGCUCAGUGCCGGGUGCGGUAUUUGUCGUUCCUCGGAAUCGGGAGGGACGUAAAACAUUGCGCCUUCAUCAUGCACACCUCCUCCGAAAACUACAUGUGCUACGUGUUCCACGUCGAGCCCAGCGCCGCCAUUAUGGCAAAAACGAUUGAGGCAGCCUGCAAAUUACGCUAUCAAAAGGUUCUCGAUGCCCAUUCGGGUCGAAUCUCGUCUCAACAAGCCCUCCCAAUGCCAACAGGUCCACAAUCAACCGAACUCAGCUUCUCCCCCCUCACAUCCCCGCAUGAACCAUCUUCUAAGGGAUGGAGUGAUUCGCUACGAAAUGCGUGGAGCGGCGUCUCACAACUCAUCGGACCCUAUCGACAUGCC